GUCACGUGGGGCGGCGGGCGGCGCGCCGGCGCGCCGCGGCGCCACGUGGGUGCGGGGAUGGAGGCGGCGGAGCUGCGCGUCGGGUUCGUGGGCGCCGGGCGGAUGGCGGGCGGCGUGGCCCGGGGGCUGCUGCUGGCAGGGAAGGUGCCAGCCAGCAACAUCCUGGCCAGCGCGCCCUCGGACCGAAAUCUGGGCACCUUCCGGGAGUCCGGCUGUCGGACGACGCACUGCAACCUGGAGGUGCUGCAGAACAGCACCCUGGUGUUCCUGGCCACCAAGCCCCACGUCCUGCCGGGCGUCCUGCAGGAGAUCGGGCCCGCCGUCGGCCCGCACCACGUCAUCGUCUCGCUGGUGGCCGGCAUCACCCUCCAGACCCUGCAGCGGCUGCUCCCCGCCGGGACCAAGGUGCUGCGGCUCAUGCCCAACCUGCCGUGCGUGGUGCAGGCAGGGGCGAUGGUGUUCUCCCGGGGCGACGGUGCCGGCGAGGAGGAGGCCGCCCUGCUCAAGAGCCUGCUCUCCUCCUGCGGGCUCUGCGAGGAGGUGCCCGAGUCCUACAUCGACAUCCACACGGGCCUCAGCGGCAGCGGGGUGGCCUAUGUGUACCUGUUCGCUGAAGCCCUGGCCGAGGGAGCCGUGAAGAUGGGCAUGCCGGGGCCCUUAGCUAGCAGGAUCGCUGCCCAGACGCUGCUGGGCGCGGCGAAGAUCAUGCUGGAGACGGGCGAGCACCCGGCCAAGCUGCGCGGGGACGUCUGCACGCCCGGCGGCACCACCAUCCACGCGCUGCACCAGCUGGAGAAGGGCGCGCUGCGGGCCACCGUCAUGAGCGCCGUGGAGGCCGCCACCAACCGGGCCCGCGACUUGGGCCAGGACUAGCAGGCCGGCUGGGGCCGUGCCCCUCCGUCCCCCGUGGGGCAGGAGGGGCGGUGGGGACCAGAGCUGUGCUUCCUUCUGCUGGGGGGUGUCCUCCUGCCGGGGUGCCCCCAGAUAAAACCCCUUUGGGGAGGGGGGAGGCUGGGGGAACAACAACUCCUCCGGGAGACCCCGGGCGGAGGUGGGAGAUGUCCCCACGCGCCUCCGCGCCGUUUGCUCCCCCUCUGCAGGACCAGGACCUAAUAAACGGUAUGGGCAGCAUG